AUGUGGUCCCUGGGGGCCACCUACCUGGAGGUGUUCACACAAUCAACACCGUGGGCGGUGAAGGCCAUACAUGAGCUGCACGUGUUGAUGGCAAAGCAGACACCACCGCACGGACUAAAACAUCUGGACGAGCAGUAUAAAGAACUGACUUUGCUGCUCAGUUACCAGCCAGCAGCACGACCCACAGCCUCCGAUGUUGUGGCCUUUUUCAAAUCAGGUCUUGCCCCUCAUUUGGAGGCUCGGGCUCCAAAGAAGCAACAAGAAGGAAAAAGGGGCCCCAAAGACACUUAUGGCUGCACACAAUUUCAGCCAGGGCUCCCUGAAGGAGAAUCUGAGGAGUCCAUGGAGGCCAGGCGCAAACGGCUCACAGACAUUUACUGUAGAAGUGGGAGACAGGGUGAAGAGACUGCAGAGGUGGGUCAGCUAAUGGCUGCCACCUUUUACUUGCAGCGGCGCCAGCUGAACGCCAUGCCAUCACCAACCAUUGUUAACCUCAAAAGCCAGUGGCCAUAUUUAUUUUCUCCAAAGGGGCUCAUUGGUCACUUCCAGCUGCUGACAGAUAUGCAGGUUCUCAGCGCCCUGGAAGCUGCAAUGGAGGACUGCGGCAACAUGAUUGUGGACCUGUUCAAAACGAGGCCUACCAAUGCGGCAGUAAAGGAGGUCUUGAAUAAUCACAACCACAGUGAGGACCUGCCCUACAAGGUCCUGAAACUCGUGAUGGCCCACUUCAAUGAAGAUGUUGGAGGCCUGAUCGUGCAAGCCGAAGGCUGUGCAACUGUGGCGGAUAUGGAAUCGUCCAACCUGCCUGUGACUCCCCGCCUGAUACUACUUGGUGAGUCACAAGAACACCACCAACGGUGGAUGAUCAGCAUGGAGGGCUGUGUCCUGUGUGAAGGAGGUAGGCUGGGGACAUUCACCACCGGCCUGGGGACACUGUUCACCACGUAUUACACCUUCAACCUCCAGUACCAGGAUGAGGCUGCCAGCACCCUGGAAUUCGUCCAGAGGUGUCUGGUGGGCAUAAACCCGGAGAGGGGUACGAAGGCAAGUGGGCAUAAGAAGAGGAAAGCCCCCUCCCAGGUUUCCUCUUUCCUGAGGAAAUUGAUGGAUUUCCGGUAUAGGGUGGCCAUCAGUCUGUUUUCAUGACCUGUUCACGACGUCCGUGUGUCCCUCUCUUUGUCUUUCCUUUCCUCCUAGCCUUUUGCUUAUGGCCUCGAGAUGCGAGGCAAUAUCAUUGACGCAAACUAGACCUUGACAGUCGGUCGCGUUUCCGAUAUCUGCGGCCGCCAUGUUACUCCAGAUGUAACCCCAGACUUCGCACAGUGAAUUAACUGUAUUGCUGUCGCCUUAUGUCGGGGAAAUCUCCGUGCAAUAGCCCUAUAUGAAGUUCAUUAACUGACUGUAUGAAAAUUAAAUAAGGUAACUAUAUUAUUGUCUACUGUCUGUUUCCUA